AUGUCUCUAAACAUAACUGUUUGGAAUGGGGACCCAAGCAGUGGAUAUUUCAAAGAUGAGAUAACAUUGCAUGUUUGUGAUGCCAUAACUCUAAAUGGCAAUAGAACGUCUUCCCAAUACAAUUGUCUUCAAGAACUGCCUUUUCUGUGUCAGUAUCAAACAGGACAAUGCCAGUACAGAAUUUACGAACAAACAAGUAUUCGGGGCAAUAACAUCUUCACUAAGACUGCAAUCACGUGGCAGCACUGUCACGAUCUUUGUGAGACGGUAACGGAGUUCGUCUGCCGCAGCUUCGAGUACAAUCCAGUCAGCCAGUACUGUCAACUCUCUCAGACCAACAGAUGGCAAAAAUCAAGUCAGUUCGCCUUCAAUGUUAGAAGUUGGGAUUACUAUCAUAAAACUUGCAUAACAGCAUUGUUGCAGAACGACCUCCGUGAAUUUUCAUCAACUUUUUCCACUCUAUUAACCGUGUCAUCAACAUCAUCAACAGAUUCUACAGUCUCAACGACCCCCCAAACUUCAGUACCCUCACAACUGCUACAACCACUGAGAGUCCUGAUGUUUGAGGGCCCUUUGUCAUGGUCUAAAGCCAACGACUUUUGCAAAUCAAAGGGAGGGACAUUAGCUGUUCUGAAUGAUAAAUCCAUAAUCCCAGAGGCUAACUUAACAUCCACAGAAAAUUCACAGACAGUAUGGAUUGGUCUUUCACAAGAGGAGUACAUGGACUGGAACUGGGUGAAUGGGGAACCACUUACAGAAACCAACUGGAAAUAUGAACCGAACCGAUAUGACAGAUCAAAGAAGUGUGCCUCGGUUACCCUGAAACAUCCAUACUGGUGGUACGAAGGCAUAUGUACCGAAUCUAAACCCUUUAUUUGCCAGUUCAAAGAGGAUACCUGCAGAUUCCAGAAGGAGAUAGCAUCAGUGAUGGUGGCUCACAAUAGCCUCGUUUUGAUAAAUUCCUCCCUCUCUGAAUGUAAUCAAGUUUGUAAUUCGUCCACGCAGUUCACGUGUCGCUCAUUUGAAUACAACCUGGAAAAGCAAACCUGUCAAUUAAGUGACGUCAAUAGAUGGACAGAGAGUCAUUAUUUCUUACAAGAUAUACCUGGCUGGAACUACUACCACAGAAAAUGUUACUUUGGCAUCGACGAUUAUCCAUUUACAACCACACCAACAACUGCGGACUACACAACAGAGAGUACGAAACAAGAAACACUAUCUAGCACACAGCCCCCUACUACAGAGGAACCGUUUGAGGUGUUAAAACGAGAGUUGGAAGAGAUUGGGGAGAAGAUUCGAGAAAAGAAACGCAAAGCGUCAAGAACAAGCGUCAAAGACACGCGUCCCUCUGCCACAAGCGUCGGCGUCGUUGGUAUCAUAAUAAUUGUGUCUAUGCUUGGAGGAAUUGUAAUUCUGGAUUUAGGUACAUUACACAUGCACUGCAAACAUUUCUCUGGAAGAAAAGGCAAGAAGGGACCCAAGCAUAAAUACAUUCAAAGGGAAAAAGACAGUUCUAUAUCUAAUAUGGAAAGAAAAGAUAAUGCUUCAAGAGAUACAAGCGAAGACUUUGAAAAGAAGACCAACAGGUCAAAAGUUAUAAAAGUAACUUCAGACAAACAAAAGCCACAGCGUUUCCAUUCAGAAAAAAGUGAUAUUAACGAGAUAAACGGAAACAGUGAAAAAUCAAACGUGAACGACCUUUAUCAUCAAGAUGAUACACAUUUGUAA